UUGGGACUGAACCACCCUCCCUGAGUCUGUUUUGACUUUUCUUAAUUUAAUACAUUAAUAUCAAAGUAGUUCCUAAGAAAUGUUAAAGAUGUAUCCCUCCGCGCUGAUGAUACUUGCCAGUUGGGGUUUGUUCGGGUUUGUUUCUGCAUCUCCCGCCGUGGAGGAAGCAUACGCGGCUGUGCUCAGUGUCGUGUCUCCCGGACAGGGGUAUCUGACAGAGGAGUCACUCGGCUCGGUCUUUAAUACACUCGAGAAACGUGUGCAGUGCUGCGAAGUGUCGUGUGAAAAGUGUGAUUUAACAGAUGCCGUUCACCAGCUGAUCAGCAAUGUAACUGGAAAUGCCAUCAGUGUGUCUCAGUUCACUGAUCUGGCUGCCGGAUGUGCGCUCUACCUCUCAUCCCCCUGCCUGGUCUGCACCGCGGUGAGGCAGGGGAGGUGGGGAGAGGAGGCCGAACAUUUCCUUCAUGAACUCACACAUCAGGAGCACCAGCAUGGAGACGGCGGGCCACACCAGGAACAUAAUCACAAGCACAUAGACGUUCAUGCAUUAAAUGUGCUGCUUCAAAAGCUUCAUAACCAAUAUGUGCCCAUAGAGAGUGAGAGGUGUGUAACAGCCAAUGACAUCAUGACAGAGGUCAGUGCAUCCUCAGCAGACCAGGGAAAGGAAGUGGGUGCAGUUUUGGGUCGAGUCCUGUACCACGCCUUAAGAGGUCACUGCUUCAUCAGCCGGUCCCUGCCAGAGGAGAGCUUCUUCCUGGACGACAUCAUGGUGCGCCUGGCGUCGGAGAACUUCACUGUCACAGAUUUGGAGGCUCUCAUGAACAGUCUGAAACUCGGACCUUACCACGAAAAUCAGCAUGAACACGGACACCAGGACUCACAUGCUGAUCACGAUCAUAGCGGUUUCAGACGGAUGAGUAAGAGCGGCCAUACACAUCACGAGGGCCAUGCAGGAAACACCUCCUGGGAUAAGUUGUGUCUCUCAGCUGAAGAGCUGGUCCUGAUCCACGGCCUGGCAGACAACAGCUCUGCCUCCUCCGGUCUGGGUCGGACCGGCCUGGCUCGGCUCAGCCCUGCCUUGGUCCAGCAGAUCCUGAGCGGAGCGUGUGCAGAGGUCACAGAACAUCUGACACCAGAUGAGCUCACCGUGAUCGAGAGGUACCUGUAUGCCACCCUUGCUAAUGUGGUGAUAACGCUGACGUCCAUGUUUGGCAUCGUGGUGCUGCUGUGUACCUCCUGCACCAGCAUGUUCCAGCUGAGUAUCCAGUUCUGCAUCAGCCUUGCUGUAGGAUCACUGACGGGGGAUGCCUUACUGCAUCUGUUACCCAUGUUUCUAGGUUUACACGUGCACUCACACAACCCCAGCAGCCAUGAAGAAGUGCCGGAAUACAUUUACAAGAUGUUGGUAUUGAUUGCCGGAAUCUACUACUUUUAUCUGAUGGAAACAAUCUUUUCUCUGGUGGCAUAUAAAGAUAAUCAUCACCAUCAUCAACAUCAUCAUGGGGAAGAAUCAGAGCCUCACCACUGUGACCAUGGCAGGGUUUUGGAGAUGUAUCAACAAGACAGGAAACAAAAGGACAAGUUCGAGUCAGCGUCAAAACAAGACCUGGUUGGCUUUGAAGAAAAUGAGAAAUCUCAAUCACAUCAGAAAGAACGCACCAGAGAACAGCGUCUGCUGCCUUACAUGAUAACUAUCGGUGACGGGAUCCACAACUUUGCAGAUGGCUUAGCGAUGGGCGCCGCUUUCUCCCUGUCAUGGAAGUCUGGUCUAGCCACGUCAAUCGCUGUUCUCUGCCAUGAACUACCACAUGAACUGGGUGAUUUUGCCAUUUUGCUCCACAGCGGUGUGUCUGUGCGCAAGGCUCUGCUCUUAAACGUCAGCAGCGCCAUGACCUCGUUUGUCGGUCUGUACAUCGCUCUGUCUGUAGCCACCGACAUAGCCACCAAGCAGUGGAUAGCUGCCAUCACUGCAGGACUCUUCCUGUAUGUGGGGCUGGCUGACAUGCUCCCCACUAUGGUCCACAUCAGCAACAAGAGACCCUGGCUGAUGUUCGUGCUGCAGAACAUCGGCCUGCUGACCGGGUGGGGGAUUCUGUUGCUGCUGUCACUUUAUGAAGGCAGAAUCAGUUUUUAAGAUCAGUCCGAUAACCCAUGCUUACACACAACAUCGUUAUAAUUUAUGCAGAUUGUAAAAUAUUUGAAGAACUUUCACAGUAACACAAAGGCGUUUUUGGCCCUUAUCCAUAAAUGGACAUGAUGAUGGAGAAAAUAGACAAAGCUGGCCAUUGUUACCAUAAAAAAAAAGGAUAAAGAACCUUGCAUAUGGGAAACUAAUCAAUGUGAAUAACAUGUCCUGUAUUCUAAAAGCCUUAAAAUAUACGUUAUGUAACAGUUGGUGGUCUGCCAGAAGCUGCCAUAAUUGACACAUUCUUGCAAUACAGUUGUUGAAUAUUGGUGUGUUUAACUACAGUGGGGCAAAAAAGUAUUUAGUCAGCCACCAAUUGUGCAAGUUCUCCUAUUUAAAAAGAUGAGAGAGGCCUGUAAUUUUUAUCAUAUGUAUACCUCAACUAUGAGAGACAAAAUGAGGAAAGAAAAUCCAGGAAAUCACAUUGUAGGAUUUUUAAUGAAUUAAUUGGUAAAUUCCUCGGUAAAAUAAGUAUUUGGUCACCUACAAACAAGCAAGAUUUCUGGCUCUCACAGACCUGUAACUUCUUCUUUUAGAGGCUCCUCUGUCCUCCACUCGUUACCUGUAUUAAUGGCACCUUUUUGAACUCGUUAUCAGUAUAAAAGACACCUGUCCACAACCUCAAACAGUCAUACUCCAAACUCCACUAUGGCCAAGACCAAAGAGCUGUCAAAGGAGACCAGAGACAAAAUUGUAGACCUGCACCAGGCUGGGAAAACUGAAUCUGCAAUAGGUAAGCAGCUUGGUGUGAAGAAAUCAACUGUGGGAGCAAUUAUUAGAAAAUGGAAGACAUACAAGACCACUGCUAAUCUCCCUCCAUCUGGGGCUCCACGCAAGAUCUCACCCUGUGGGGUCAAAAUGAUCACAAGAACGGUGAGCAAAAAUCCCAGAACCACACGGGGGGACCUAGUGAAUGACCUGCAGAGAGCUGGGACCAAAGUAACAGAGGCUAGAGGUCAGUAACACACUACGCCGCCAGGGACUUCAAUCCUGCAGUUAAAGACGUGUCCCCCUGCUUAAGCCAGUACAUGUCCAGGCCCAUCUGAAGUUUGCUAGAGGGCAUUUGGAUGAUCCAGAAGAGGAUUGGGAGAAUGUCAUAUGGUCAGAUGAAACCAAAAUAGAACUUUUUGGUAAAAACUCAACUCGUCGUGUUUGGAGGAGAAAGAAUGCAGAGUUGCAUCCAAAGAACACCAUACCUACUGUGAAGCAUGGGGGUGGAAACAUCAUGCUUUGGGGCUGUUUUUCUGCAAAGGGACCAGGACGACUGAUCCGUGUAAAGGAAAGAAUGAAUGGGGCCAUGUGUCGUGAGAUUUUGAGUGAAAACCUCCUUCCAUCAGCAAGGGCACUGAAGAUGA